AUGGAUGAUCUGAUCAUUGUGUGCAGAACAAUCAUCUGCCCUGCAGGAUUCAGUGGAUGGACUCACCUGAUGGAGGUAGACCCGAACGAGGAGGUGCAGGGUGAGAUCCACCUGCGCCUGGAGGUGGUGCCAGGGGUCCAUGCCAGCCGGCUGCGCUGUGCGGUGCUUGAAGCCAGGGACUUAGCACCAAAAGACUGGAAUGGUGCAUCUGACCCUUUUGUCCGAGUGCAAUACAAUGGCCAGACCCAGGAGACCUCAGUGAGGAAACUGGAGGGACUGGAGAAGAUGGAGGAAACUAGGUCCCUGGCGGAAACAUCACAGGCUGCCCAUUCCAGGGACAACCUGGGCUCCUUGCAGUUGGAGGUGAGGCUGCGGGAUGAGACAGUGCUGCCGUCCAUCUGCUACCAGCCCCUGGUACAACUGUUGUGCCAGGAGGUGAAGCUGGGCACACAGGGCCCAGGACGGCUGAUUCCUGCCAUUGAGGAGACAACUAGUGCUGAAUGUCGCCGGGAAGUGGCCACCACCCUGCUCAAGCUUUUCCUGGGGCAGGGGCUGGCCAAGGACUUUCUGGACCUGCUCUUUCAGCUGGAGCUGGGCCGCACCAGUGAGGCCAACACCCUCUUCCGGAGCAAUUCUCUGGCCUCAAAGUCCAUGGAGUCUUUUCUGAAGGCGGUCCAGAAUGUAGGCAACAUGGACACACCGGUCUCCAGGGCCAAAGAGUCGUGGAUGGAACCACUACUGCCUACUGUGCGCCAGGGCGUGGUGCAGCUGAAGGACUUCAUUACGAAGCUCGUGGACAUAGAAGAAAAGGAAGGCAAGGACUUCACCACCUAUCAUGCCAAGGCCUGUGUGCAAGUUCGUUACUUGACCCUGUGUACCGCCCUGCCCUGCCCACUGAGACUAAGCCUUCUUCCCACCCUGGCUUUUCUCUGUUUUGUUUUAGACAGGGUCUCAGGUAACCCAAGGCUGGCCGCAAACUCACUGCCAAGGAUAACUUUAAAUCCAAGUGCAUCCUCUGGCCUCCACUUCCCAAGGGCUGAGAUUAUAGGCAUGUGCCACCAAGGCCCGGUUUCUGUGGUGCUGUGCAUCGUCAAUCGGAUGGAGAUCGUUGUUCGUUUCCCCUCUUCCCAGAUUACUCUAGCUUAUAUGGACCAAUGUGUGAACAAGCUGAACCAGUGGCUGUCUGCACUGCGCAAAGUGAGCACCAACAACACGGGCCUCCUGGGAUCAUACCACCCUGGUAUCUUCUGUGGGGAUAAGUGGAGUUGCUGUCACCAGAAGGACAAGACAGAUCAGGGAUGUGACAAGACCCACUCUCGGGUGACCCUACAGGAAUGGAAUGACCCACUGGACCAUGACCUUGAGGCUCAGCUCAUCUACAGGCACCUGCUAGUUGUGGAGCCUGCUCUUAGAGAAAAGCAGCAGCUCCAGCGUGGGGCGACAGAAGCCGGCAUCUCACCCACAGGCUGUGAUGGAGCUUUUGAGGACUCACUUGCCAAGCUGCUUCGUGUGCUGCAAGACCUCCGAGAAGCCCACAGCUCCAGCCUGGCCAGCCCGCCACCCAGAGAGCCCCAUCACCUUCUAGAGCUGCUCAACCAAACAGCCAGGCCCGAAUUCAAAUGGCAGGCUCAAAACUACAGGCUGGCAAUGCAGUUCAAGUGGGACACAGUGGUGGUGGCCAAACUCCAGGAUCCUUAA